CGGCGGGGCGCGCGGCUGCGCACAAGGGAUUCCGGACCCGGUCGGGUUUGUCGCGCGGAGCAGAGGCGUUGGCGCGCCGGGGAAGAUUUUAAAAGGAGGACUCCGGAGUUCCCGUUGCUGCUUCCGGGUUGGUGCCAGAGCUGGGAGCUGCUCUGCAGACCUCACCUCACUGCUCGCGAGGGGAGCCGCUGACAUCCAAAGCGCCGUCAAAGCCUCUUUAUGUCAUGGUACAGAAGCCAGAUUCUCUGCUCAGUGUUCGGUAUUAACCAUUUCUGAGUCUGUGAAGGCAUCGCUGCGCAUUCCUAUUGCUAUAGCUCUGCGCUGGCAGCAGAAUACCCUGGACGGCCCUCGGCAGAUACCACGGUGACCGGGCUCCUUCGGGAAGGAAGAGCUUGUGCUGCCAGCUCAGAUCUGCAGACCCCUCAGCUCAGCACCUUGACCUGGCGCCACCUUUGGAGGAUGAAUCAGGACAGUGACUCAAGUGAUCAGCCCACGGGCCAGGACCCGCUCCUAUUGCUGAAAACCCUUCAGCUCCUCUGGACAAAGAAGGAGAUGAAGAAGUUCAAGGAAGAAGCCCGACGGGGCUUUGCGGGGCUGGAGGAGCCGCUGGCGGGACUCCUGGCCAUGCUGGAGGGCAGCGGCGACUGGAAGGGGAAGGGCCAUUCCCUGGGGUAUUGCAUCGUCACCGAGCUGCAGCUCUGGAUGAAAGAACAUCCUGCUGCUCAACAGUCUGGCAUCACGCUGAAGAAGCUGCAGGCCCGUGUGCUCAGCAUACUAGCCCAGUGCCCAGCUAAUCUGCUUGACCCUCUGAUCAGCAUUUACCAGCUCCAUACAGCAGACCGGAACUAUUUGCUUGGACACGUCAGUCAUCUUUAUCACAGGGGCGAUUACAAAGAGGCAGCAGUGCUGAGCAUUAAGCUAAAAUUACAGCCAGAUCAAGAUGUAGAGAAGAUGUGCACGCCGCUGCUGCUCCAAGAUAAAACGAACUUGGUGGAAGAUUACGUGGGAGACUAUCCCGAGCUCCAGAGCAAGCUCUUGCAGAUCCUCGACACGUGGUGUGAACCUGGUUUUAAUAUCAGAGACAUCACAAGCCAAUAUCAAGGCCUGUCCGGGUACAAACCAGAAAAAUUUAACCGCAAAAUGCUGAGCAAGCUGGUCUUCAGACUCCUAGACCGAUUUAAUGCAGAUCCAGCUCUCUGCCCUAAUGUCGUAAAUCAGCGGCACUUGAGAACUCUGAAUUAUCUCUUCUACAAGAGGUUUGUUGAGAAAACCAUGACUCAGGAGAACUGGACAGAUCAUGUUCAGAGCACAGUCGGAGAGAAUCGAUGGCUUCAAGGGCACCUGAUGCAGUUGCUGAUGCGUUACUGUGAUUUGAAAACAGCAGCAAGAUGGGCACAACGCUGCAACCUGCCCAAGGAGAUGCUGCCUUACAGAGUGGCUGAGGAGCUUCAGAAGCUUCAGGAGCGAGAGAGGGUAGAAGAGGCCACGAAAGCAGAUCAUCAUGAAGAGAGGAAGAAGGAGGACUAUUACCAGCUUCCUAUUCCACGGGCAAACAUUCACUUCCUGCAGACAUGGGAAGAGACGCAGCGGUGCUGGGAAAAGGUGCUGCGGCCGGGGCAGGUUGUUGGCAUUGACAUGGAGUGGAAGCCGUCGUUCGGCAUGGUCGGGAAGCCCCGCGUGUCCCUCCUUCAGCUUGCUCUGCACGAUGAGGUGUUCCUGCUCGACUUGCCACGGCUCCUCGAGCAAGCUGUGACGGAGGCUGAGAAGGAGAAGCUUCCCCAUUUCAUCCAGAGGCUCUAUUCGGAUGCAGCCAUCACUAAACUAGGUUAUGGGAUGUCUGGAGACCUCAGCAGCCUCGCGGCCACGUGGUCAGCUUUGAAAGACACGGACAAGCAAGCGCAAGGUGUGGUGGACCUGCUCACAAUAGACAAACAACUGCAGAAGGGCUCCAUUGACUGGAAGAAGGGCGGCCGGAAGGUCGACGUCGUGUCCCCAGAGCAGAGCGACGAGGAUAGAGGGUGCAGGCAGCCAGAGAAAGGACUCAGCCUCUUGGUGCAGCACGUGCUGGGGAAGCCUCUGGAUAAGACAGAGCAGCUGUCCAACUGGGAGAAGCGGCCUCUCCGGGAGGAACAGAUCCUGUAUGCAGCUUCCGAUGCAUACUGCUUGCUGGAGAUCUACGAGAAGCUCUGUAAGGAUCCGGAGAGCUUCGGUCUGAGCUCAGACCUGACUGGGAGUCUGGUGGGAAAACCAAGCAUGAAACCCAGGGCAAAGAAACAGCUGAAUAAACAAGAAGUCCUGUCACCUUCUGGACAGCAAUGUGAAGGACACCAAAAGGAGACCUCGUGUCCCACUGCUCCCAUCUCCCCGAAGGAGUUCAGCGUGGUCUGCGAUAACAUGCUGCAAGGCCUCGGGCGCUAUCUUCGCUGCCUCGGGGUGGAUGUCCAGAUGCUGGAGAAUGAGGAUGACCACAGGAAGGCUGCUGAGAUUGCCCGACAGGAAGGAAGAGUCAUUUUAACCUCCGGACUCCCGUAUCAGACUCUGCGGUCCCAGGUAGCAGAGGGAAGAUGUUUCUCUGUGAACUCCUCAGAAAAGGCAAAGGAACAGGCCGUGCAGGUCCUGAAGCACUUCAACGUGCAGGUGUCCCUGGCCGAUAUCUUCAGCCGCUGCCAGAGAAUUCAGAGCCCUGGGGAAGGUCCAUCUGCCAACGAUGAUCUCGGCUCUUUGGGAAGCCUGGGCCUGUGCGGGGGAGCUCUGCUCCUCGCUCCUUCCCAACCCUGCGCGUCCUGACGCCGCUCACCGGUGAGGCUGUCACCUCAUGGCACGGGAACGGCCAUGGGGCUGUCACCUCCCAGCACAGGAACAGCCAUGGGGCUGUCACCUCACGGCACGGGAACAGCCAUGGGGCUGUCACCUCACGGCACGGGAACAGCCAUGGGGCUGUCACCUCGCAGAACAGGAACGACCAUGGGGCUGUCACCUCCCAGCAUGGGAACCGGCCAUGGGGCUGUCACCUGGGCCAGAUGGGGAACCAACCAUGGGACUGUCACCUGGGCCAGAGAGGGAACCAGCCAUGGGACUGGAUGUACAAGCCCUAAUCUGCUGUCUCCAAAUCCCGUCUUCUGUGGCAGCUCCAGGUGCUCAUGACAGACGUGAUGCUGUGUUCGGUGAAAGACUCAGACAAUUCUCGACAGUUGUGGACACCCCCCUUUGCUCUUGACUCCUUGGCUGGACAACUCCACUUUUACUCCUGGAGGAACUGAGGCAGGGAAAUGAUCCAUCUGGUGGGAACACCAGUGGCAAAGUCCCGGUUUCCUGGGACACACCGGCUGGAGAAGUGACGUGUGAGAGCCCUGUUGUGCUUGACAUUAACUGCUAGACAAGCAGCUCGGCAGCCAGCAGAAGCUGGAACCCUGGCGGUGCCCUCCUGUGCCGUAUCAGAGGAAGAUAAAUCUUGAGUGAUUAGUUUUUUUAAAUGAGAAUUCUCAGCAAAUAAACGAGCUGCCUGCACGGUGAUAAUGGGCUGUUUGGAAAGCGAGUCUGUGGAGCGUACACGCGGCUGUAAGUCAUCAAAACCAUCUUAUCCUGUGGAGUCUCCUGUGCUGAACUCGUGUUUACAUUAUCAGACAGAAAAAGGAAUUUUUCAAUGGAUAUUUUCUUAUAAUUUGUUCAGCGCAGCAGCAGCGUGGUCAGGGCCUGUCUGCAUAGGGCUGGGUGUCUGUGCUGGCUGCGGACACUCACACUCCUUCUCUCCAUCCCGUUCUUACUAUUUUGACACGUGUUGCUCUGCGUGCUGAGGUUUGAUGGACCCUGAGCAUCCUGCGAGGAGUGUGCUGGUGGUCCUGCGGCCCGAUGCUGACGAGGACAGGCUCAUGGGGACACCGAUCCUGCCCUCAUCCCUUCCCAUGGCUGCCCCAUGUGCAAGAGGAAGCCCGUGGGGAAGGGUGCGAGUCCAUGUGCUGAGCGAAGCUGCUCACGGUAUUUGUUGCUGUGAUGUAGAAGCAUUGACAGUUUAUGCACCAACUAUUUUUUUGCUUAUUUUAAGAAGUUCUCCUAAUUAAUCCUAUCGUUCAGUUGCCAGUUAAAAGCUAAGAACAGCAUUUCAGAGGAUGGUCCUAGAUAGCUGGCUGUAGUUCACCACACCAAUCAUUUCCCCUGAUCUUUGCCUGUCUCCUUCCUUUCCUGCGAUCUUCUCACCCAUAAAGAUCCCUUUGUACGGUUUCUGCUAAAGUCAGUGCUGGGUAAUUGGCCGAUUUCCUGCACGCUGGCGGUUUUGUGGGGUCAUUGUGCUCGCGCUCAUCUCCCUCCAACCCAGCACUUGGGGCUGGUGGAGACCCCGCCAGUGCAACAACGUGCGGCGGGCACGGCCACGUGUGCUCUGCUCAGGGAUGCUCAGACUGUACUUUGGGAGAAACAUUAGCAAAAAAGCGGUGAGGUGACUCAGAUCAGAGUGCUGGGCCCAGCGUUAGGUAACCGUGGAGAAAAUAUAACUUGAACUUGAUGCCAGAUCUCCCAUUUGUUUGUGUGUGUGAAAUCUCUUGGCAUCUCACAUCUGCUCUCUGAAAAGCUGGUAUUUUUAGAUUUAUGACAGGUUAAUUUUUGAUGCUGGAGGCCUUGAAACUGUUCUGACAUGAACCCAAGCUAUUCUACCAUCCUCAAAAACGAACUCUUAAAUGAGAACGGAAACUUAUUGAACUAUACUUCAGCGACAGUAAGCAGAGCACUUUAACACGUGCAGGGAAAGAAGCCUGGGAGGAAGGGGCACAAACGUGGCGGUGGAUCAGAACGCAGAGCUCUCGCGAGGCGCUGCGCCGCUCACCCCGCGGAGCUGCACCCACGAGGAGUCAGCCUCGCAUGCGGGGCCGGCACCGUCCAGAUGUGCAGCGGCUGGAAUGUCAACCGCUCUGCAGUGUUCGCAGGCGCUUCGCAUCUGCAUCUGUGUCUGAUUAGCCGGGGUUGCGCAACGGUGGCCGGCGAUGGUGCCAGUUCUUCGUUCCUUACCUUGACCCGCGGUUUCGCUCCUUUGCGCCUGUUUUGGUUUGGCUGGAGCCACCGGCCCCCCGUGGGCUUGGCCACAACCGCACUGUGCGCGUUCCAGCCAGCACCAGGGUGCAGAGGCUGGAUGGUGCUUCUGAUUCCCGUUCUGAUGGUCGUUGCGCAGGUGACAGUGUGACAGCCCACCUGGGGUCGGGGACGGUGAACUGGAGGUGGCCGUGAGCCCAGGCUUUCUGUAACAGGAUUUUCACAAUGAUUUGCUUCCCUGUCAUGUUGUUUCAAAUUCCUCACAAGCCAUACUUUUCACAGUCUGGGUUUUCUCUCAUGAAUUUCUCAAGGGGCUAUCUGCAGGGGAAACUAUUUCUCACCAUAACAAACAACCAAAGCCUUCAUCGUUAAAAAAUAAAGCACCAACAUGGCCCUACAAA